AUAUCUUUGCUCCAGUUGGUGGAGGUGAGAAAGAUGGUUGGUUUAUCUCUGCCCUCAACCUUCACCGGAACUUGCUGGAGAAGAAGACGGAGAAUGAACACUCUGUUACUUCCUCCGCCAUCGCAACUGCCUUAUCAAUUCCAUCGCCGACAUCAAAUUCUUGGCCAACACUCCUCAACUUCCCAUCUAUCUAUCUCCAACCAAUUCAAUAUACAAGAAGAAGAAGAGGAUGAAGAAUACCAUGUCGGUUCAUACUCAAAUCAACGCUACGAUUUCACUCCUCUCCUUCAAUUUCUUUCCACCACCGAACCCAAUUCAGAUAAUUCUUCACCCACACAACUCCACCCCACCGAGUUGCGGCUCGCUGAGUCAUAUCGAGCUGUGCCCGCUCCACUCUGGCACUCUCUUCUCAAAGGUCUCUCCUCCACCCCAUCCUCAAUUUCCAUAGCCUAUGCACUCGUUAUAUGGCUUCAGAAGCACAACCUUUGUUUCUCUUACGAACUUCUCUACUCUAUUCUUAUUCACGCGCUCGGACGCUCCGAGAAGUUGUACGAGGCUUUUUUGCUCUCUCAGAGGCAAACACUCACCCCUUUAACCUACAAUGCACUUAUUGGAGCUUGUGCACGAAACGGUGAUCUCGAAAAAGCACUUAAUUUGAUGUGUAGAAUGCGCAGAGACGGGUAUCAAUCUGACUAUGUUAAUUAUAGUUUGAUUAUUCAGUCCCUUAUUCGUAGUAAUUCUAUUGAUUUGACCAUGUUACACAAGUUCUGUUAUGAAAUUGAAGCUGAUAUGAUUGAACUUGAUGGCCAAUUGUUGAAUGAUAUGAUUGUGGGUUUCGCUAAAGCUGGUGAUGUUGAUAGAGCUUUAGGUUUCAUGAGUAUUGUUCAAGGUAAUGGAUUGAGCCCUAAAACAGCUACUGUUGUUAACUUGAUAUCCGAAUUGGGUAAUUCAGGCAGGACUGAGGAAGCUGAGGCUAUAUUUGAGGAGUUGAAAGAAGGCGGGUUAAAGCCAAGGACGAGGGCGUUUAAUGCCCUUUUAAAAGGGUAUGUUAAAACUGGAUCUUUGAAGGAUGCUGAGUAUAUUGUGUCAGAGAUGGAGAGUAGUGGGGUCGCACCAGAUGAACAUACAUAUAGCUUGCUUAUUGAUGCUUAUGGAAAUGCAGGUAGGUGGGAAAGUGCGAGAAUUGUGUUGAAAGAAAUGGAAGCUAAUAAUGUUCAGCCAAAUUCAUUUGUGUUUAGUAGGAUCUUAGCUAGUUAUCGUGAUAGGGGAGAGUGGCAGAGAUCAUUUCAGGUGCUUAAAGAAAUGAAGAAUAGUGGGGUCAAUCCUGAUAGGCAGUUCUAUAACAUAAUGAUUGAUACAUUUGGGAAGUACAAUUGUUUGGAUCAUGCAAUGUCUACAUUUGAAAGGAUGAAGUUGGAGGAAAUUGAACCUGAUACUGUUACAUGGAACACACUUAUAGAUUGCCAUAGUAAGCAUGGCCAUCACAAUAAGGCGGAGGAGCUGUUUGAGGCGAUGCAGGAAAGUGGAUGUUCUCCCUGCACCACCACAUACAAUAUAAUGAUUAAUUCUUUUGGUGAGCUCGAGAAAUGGGAGGAGGUGAAGGGCCUGUUGAGUAAAAUGCAGAGUCAGGGCCUACUUCCCAACGUUGUUACAUAUACCACUCUAAUUAAUAUUUAUGGACAGUCAGGAAGGUUCAAUGAUGCUAUUGAGUGCUUGGAGGUAAUGAAGUCUGCAGGGUUGAAGCCAUCCUCAACCAUGUAUAAUGCCUUGAUCAAUGCCUAUGCACAGAGGGGAUUGUCUGAACAAGCAGUAAAUGCCUUUAGGAUCAUGAAGGGUGAUGGUCUAAAGCCCAGCCUGUUAGCUCUCAAUUCACUAAUUAAUGCAUUUGGUGAGGAUCGGAGAGAUGCUGAAGCUUUUGCUGUAUUGAAGUAUAUGAAAGAAAAUGAUAUGAAGCCGGAUGUUGUUACUUACACCACUCUCAUGAAAACCUUGAUACGUGUGGAGAAGUUUGAAAGGGUUCCAGCUGUUUAUGAAGAAAUGUUGUUGUGUGGAUGCAUCCCAGAUAGGAAAGCUAGAGCGAUGCUACGAUCUGCUUUGAGAUACAUGAAGUCAGCAUUGAAAUAGUAGCAGACUGCAAGUCACUCUAACAAUAAUGACCUUGAUGAAUCAUGAUUUUUCAGUUUUAACUUUAAAUUUAAGGUAAGGGAAUGUUCUGUAUGUAUUUGAGUUAACAUGUUAUUACAUUGUGC